AUGGAGUUUGACUCGUACCAGCACUACUUCUACGAUCACGACGCCCUGGAGGAUUUCCACCGCUCCACGGCGCCCAGCGAGGACAUCUGGAAGAAGUUCGAGCUGGUGCCCACGCCCCCGCUGUCCCCGCUGGGUACUCCCGGGGACAAGGGGGGAUGCUCGGGGCCGGAGGAGAGGCCGGGAUGGCUCUCUCGGUACUGCCUGGCUGGGGAAGAGCCGGAGUAUCUCAUAGGCACGGGGCAGAUCUUCGGCAACCUGAGCGCGUUCAUCCUCAAGGAUUGCAUGUGGAGCGGCUUCUCGGCGCGGGAGAGGCUGGAGAAGGCGAUGACAGAGAAACUUUCCACGGGCACGCAGAGAGCCACGCCGCACAAGCCGUCCUUCGCGCAGGAUUUGGGCUUGGGCAGCUCCGUCAGCGAGUGCGUGGAUCCCGCCGCCGUGUUCCUCUGCCCGCUGGCCGAGAGCAAGAUCCCCGCGUCCUCGGGCUCCGAGGGCCAGAGCGACUCCGAAGGUGAAGAGAUCGACGUGGUGACGGUGGACAAGAGGCAAUCCCUCAGCCUGAGGAAGCCGGUCACCAUCACGCUCCGUGCCGACCCCCUGGACCCCUGCAUGAAGCGUUUCCACAUCUCCGUGCACCAGCAGCAGCACAACUACGCCGCCCGCUCGCCCCCGGAGCCCUGCCCGCCUCCCGAGUCCCCCCAGCAGCACCAGGAGCAGGAUGAACCCCCCAGCAGCGUGGAGCCCACCCCUGCCGUGCCCCUGCCCGAGCCCGGCUUGCCCAAAGCCAGCAGCAGCCCCGGCUCGGACAGCGAGGACGUGGCCAAGAGGAAAAACCACAAUUUCCUGGAGCGCAAGCGGCGCAACGACCUGCGCUCGCGCUUCCUGGCCCUCAGGGACCAGGUGCCCGGGCUGGCCAGCUGCCCCAAGACCCCCAAAGUGGUGAUCCUGAGCAAAUCCUCCGAGUACCUGCAGUCCCUCAUCAGCGCCGAGAGGAGGAUGGCGGCCGAGAAGCGGCAGCUGCAGCUGCGCCAGACCCAGCUGCUCAAACGGAUUGCUCACCUUAAGGGGCACUAGCACCCCCAUCCUGGUCCCCACAAACCCCCAGCUCCUUCUCAA